UCAAAAAUUGGAUCGAGAACAGAUGUCGUUAGAUAAAAUCAUCGAAUUGAUGCAAUCUAAAGGACUUCUGAGAAGCAAGAAUCGUGAAAUCAAACCAACCAGCGAUUCAUAUUCAGAGAAAAGAUUCAGAGAUGAUGUACCGCCGAUUGUUUUGAUGAAACCCCAACGUUUAGGUCCCGAUAAAGCUGUGAAUAAUCAGAAAUCUAAAGCGAAUGUGAAUCCCAUCAGAAAGCUUCAUCUAGAAAAAGCAAAAGCCGAAGAAAAAGCCGUCAAGAUUAGCGGGAAAUUGGCUUCUAAUAAGCAGAAAGCUUCUGUUUCGGUUAUGAGAAAACCAGAAAGAAAGCAAGAAACGGAGAAGAAGAUAGACAAGAUUCAAAAGAUGGCACCGCCACCGGUUAGGAGAAAACCAGUAAUAAACUCGGUUUCUAGAAGCAGUUCUUUGAAGCAAGCGAAAAGUGGUCUCCAGAAUCCCGUCUCAAAACGAACAUCAUCUCCAGGUUUAUCGAAUAAUUCUAGUAACCGAAAGAAGAACUCGAAGAUUGCAAAGGCGGUAAACGAGCACUUGCCCACGACUAUUCAUGAAGUUUUGCAGAUUGAUUCAACUAAUGUGAAAGAACCCGAGAACGGAGAUUCUGAAGUUACGAUCAAAGAAAUCGACAAUGCGAGACAGAAAUCCAUCUGUGAAGCUCCCGAAGAAGAUUCCCAUCACGUUAACAAUUCCGUUACGGUCAUGGAUCAUCCCGAAACUAGAAACAAUCGCGAAAAAAGUAGCGUUCCCGAUAUCCAGGAAUGGAAAACUAGAAUCUUGCAAAACAUAACCCGUUUUCAAGAUUCCGAACCGGCCAGUUUCGAGCUUUUCCACGACUGUGUAAACGAGUUUUUCGACCAAGAAAACCGACGGCAUUCGAACCCAUUCCAUCAGACCUCCGUCAUAAAAUCAAGAAUCUGCGUUUCUGCGGACCAGUUGACGAGGGAGAUUGUGAACGGAGUCGAAAACUUAAGAAACUACAGUAAGAUUUCGAACGAGAAUCCUGAACGGGAUACGGUUUCGGGAUUGUUAGAAAGAGAUCUAUCUUGGAGUUCAAUGGGAGGGGUAUGGAAUACUGGUUGGAAAGAUGGUUGUACUCUAGAUGAAGUUGAAGAAGUUGUGUUAGAUUUGGAGAAGAUUCUUUUGAGCAAAUUACUAGAUGAUAUGCUUAUGGAACUUUCUAGAAACUAGAUUUCUUGUUUUGGACUGUAAUUCUAGUAGAUAUAUAGAAGUUAUGUAGAUAAAUCUAGAGUUGAAAUCAUGGUAUAACUUGUAAUUUAUUCGGUAAACGUUGUACAUCGUGUUCUAAUAUCUCAAAAAUCUCGGAAAAAUUUGAUGA